UGGUCAAACUGGUCAAAGUGGCAGACGAGAUUAAUGUACACGGCGGUAGCGGCGGCGUAUACUAAAGACAUCGGAGUCAUUUAAAUUCAGCAUGGUUUAUACAGAUAUUGCCAAGAGUUUGAUUCAUCCUGAUUCUCAGUGGGGCCUUGUACCACCGAGUGGGAUCGCUGUAUAAAUCUAUCCCUCGCAGCAGGGUUCAAGAUUCUCGGGGAGAAUGAGAAUGUGUCGAACGCUGGAUGCGCUCGAGACUUGGCCGGUUCGAGAGUCGCUAGAGUGGGGACAAGGCUAUAUAAACUUGGGGUAGAUUGAUAGAUGGUAGAGAUCCGAAGAAGAAGUCAUUUCCGACCAAGGCGAUGUACUUGAUCUACUCCGCUCACGUAAAUGCGUAAAUGUGCGUUUAAUGUUUCACCAACGAUCGCCGAAACGAGGAAAAAAUGGCCUUACCUAUAAUCUUCAUCGCUGUUCUGUCAAUGACGAGCCACGCCUUGACCAGAGAUUCGGAAUCUGUAAAUUCGUUGGCGCAAUGCGAAGCGGCCAUCAAGGAGAUUGAACGGAAGGACCUUGAGACAAUCGUGGACGACAGUCCCUCCAGAUUGUAUUCCACAUGGCUGUCUCAAGAAUGCGAAGUACGAGCUGGCCCGGUAUAUAUAAUGAAGAAAUACACAUUUUUCGAAAACGGCACAUUUCUCCUGUUACGUUAUCAUUACGCCGAAGAGUCGUGCAGCAUAGCGACGCACACCGUUACAAUUCGGGGCUCCGUCAAGUUGCUCGGAUCAUCCGUCGUCGUUUCUGGCGCUACCGAAACGAGAUUUCACGUAGAUGCCAUCAACAUUGUGCCUUUGAAUCGACAGGUGGCUCGCAAGUUUGGACACAGAUUGAACCAGACUUGCGGUCCCCAGCCGAAAUGGCGACCUUACGUUCCCGAAGUGGUUUACUACGAGCAGCAACGCAGCUCGGCGACGCCACUGUGGCAAGGUCCGAUCUACAAUUCUCUGCAAGCUCACUCGUCUACAAAGAGGCGACUCGGUAUCAACUGUUUAGAACCUUUCGGGAUCGAAUUCUCCGAAUUGAGACUCCUAAGGGUGCAAAGGAAGUCGUUGCUCCGCUCAUCCAGCGUUAAUCGGUACCACGAGCUUCCACAAUUCCAACUCUUUCUAGCCAGCCCCACGGCCAACGUUCGCUCUCGUUGGAGUUACAAACCGACAUCUUUACAGUCCACACCGAUGGUCCGCGCCGACACGGCGAGCGGCUGUCCGAUAUGCAGCGGCGUGUCUCGGAGCACCGAGUUGAGCCCACCUCUUCUCCAUCAGACGGCGGCUCUGCCCGCAUUGAUCGGAGGUUAUUGGCACAGCGAGAGCUGCGAGAGCUCCGAGGGCGGUAUCUGGUCGAGACGUCAAUUUCAGAUACAUUCGGGAGACAGAUUGUGGACCGGUCGAUGGGACUACUACGACGAUCCACAAUGCUCGACGUUUCUGUACGCGAUAACCGCAGCCGGAAGUUACGUUCAGCGAGCUGGAAGACGUCACGAACAAGUCGAUCGAAAGACUUUCCUCAAUGUCUCCUCGGUGUCGAGGUCCUUGGCCAGGAGGAGCGUUACCGAUAGGCCGAAAGAUGUAACGGAUGAAUGGGUAGAAAGAUCGCUGACUGAUGGCGUUCAUCGACUCUUGCGAGACGAGCAGCCCAUAGUUCGGUCGAGAUUCGCGGCGAUGCUGCGAGACGAUUGGAGGCACGAGGCCUCUACCAGAAAGCCCCUUCUCCAGAAAACCUCGAGCAUCCUUGCCGGUACCACGGAGCUAGAUCUGCACAUCGCCGAGAGCAUUUUGAUUCCUGGAGACGCCAAGGUAUCCACGCGUUGUAGCGCCGCUGCUCGGCCGAGAAGCUGCGUACCUCGCGCCAUCGAGGCGCCCUCGACAUUGCGACUGCAGGCUAAGCUGGGCGUCAACUGGAACGGUCAGUACAUCCUGCUGUUGGGCUCGCGAGACGCCGAUGCGGGAGGCUGGGAGGCUCCGCUGCGGCAAUGCGCGCAGAUUUCACCUCGCAAUUCCAUUCUGCGAGCGCAUCUCCGGAGAAGCGUCGGUCUUCGAUUCGGACUGCUCUCGUCGGCUGCGUCAUCGAGCCGAAUCUUCGCUUGGUUCUUUCCGCUCUUAUCGCCAAUCUUGCUAUGGUGAUAUCAGGCGUCCGAGUCGUUAUCUUUGCCAAGGAUAUCUUUGUUUGGAUUCGUUUCGAUUGGAGUUUGAGAAAACUAGAUUUGAAAUAUAUACAUUCUCUCUCGGAAAAUUCCGUAGGAUCGUAUUAUACAUGUGUAAAUAGAAGAAAUAAAAUUGGAAGGACCACGUACGACAGAUCUCGCAUUUAUAAGUUAUUUUGCUACUCGAAUCUAUAUCAAAAUUUAUAUGUACAUGUAUAGGUGUAGCUGCGAUUCAAUAAAUAUAAUCAAGUUGACAAAAGUUACGUUAGCAAGUCGUGUAACAUUCGGCCUUUCGAUCCCGCUUCGAUCGUCGGUUU